AUGAAAUCUAAGAUAAACGAUCGAUCAUUAGCAAGAGGUGCUACCUAUGAUAAUGCUUAUCAUGAACGAAUGAGACAAAAAAUUACUGAAGAUUUAAUAUGGGAAAAAUUAAAUGAAGCAGGCCUUGGUAAAUAUGUUAAUUUGCUAAAAGAUGAAGAAGUUGAUAAAGGAACAUUUUUGGCAUUAACAAACAAUGAUCUCAUUGAUAUUGGUAUUACUGAUGUGAUGCAUCGAAAUAAAUUACUUAAAAUUAUUAAAAAUUUAAGGUAUUAA